GCAUUUUAUGAGAUACUUUACCUCUCUCCUUCAGGGGGGUCCUUAUUGUGUUCUGGCUACACAUAAGCUGCUGUGUCUAUGUCACAAUGGGUCUGACACAGCCUCCUUUGCUUACAUAUUUCUGCAGUAGCAAGCAGUACUAGAAAUCAGUUUGAAUGAAUGACAGGUGCUGGCAGCUCUUCCUUCAUGUUUCAUACUUCUGCAGAUGUCAAUAUAGUAUUUGAAAGCAGAAACAAAAAGAGACAGCUAUUCAAACCAAUUUUUAAAAAGAAAGUCUUCGGACUUUCUUUUGAACCAAUAUAUGCACCUAGUGGAAGGUAAAGAUGGACUGCAUCCCACCGAAGGUCAAACUCAGUGAUGACACCUUUGUCUUUCUAGAUGGCAAGUGGGUGAAUGAAGCAUAUGUUCAACCAGCACUUUCCUCUUCAGCAGAUGCCCACAAGAAACACUAUAGCAAGAAGAUGCACAGUGACUUGACCCUCUGGGAAGAAAACAAGGCCCUCUGGGAAGAAAACAAGGCCCUCCGAGUGGAAAACAGGACACUUCGGGAAGAGAAUAAAGUACUCCAGUGUCUAAGGACACAGAACAAAGGUAUCCAGGUUAUCUAUGAUGAGAGUCUUCAACAAAUGCUCCAGCAGGAAAAUAAGCCUUUAGUAGCUCUUUCACGCAAAGCAGGACUCCAGGGUGGUAAGGAAAACAAAGCCCUUCAAUUUAUCCAAGAAGAGAAAAAAGCCCUUCAAAUUUUUCGGGAAAAGAUCUUGGCUUUGAAGGUCUUUCCUGAGGAGGGGAAGAAACUCACCCCAGUCCUUCAGAAGGAAAAGCAAUCUGACCUCUUAUUGGAGAAGGAACCCCUGGAGCAGGAAACAGACAAUACCUCUGCAUCAGCUGAGCCUGCUAAAGCUGAACCUGAAAACCAAGAAGACAACAGUGCCACCUCAGGAAAGGAAAUGCAACCAACUUCCUUAUCACUAUUGGAAGAAAAUGAAGUACUUGAAGCUGUCCAGAAACUGAACCAAAUGAUAUUGUUUCUCAUACGAGAGAACCACACACUUCUGGAAGAAAAGCAGGUGCUCCAGACUAUUGAAGGAGGGAACAAAAUGCUUUGGGAGGAGAACAACAAACUUAAACUCCAACAAAAGACCAUCAAAGAUGCUCUCAGUAAUAUUAUUGCUCAGAUGGGUUUGCUGCAAGAGACACUUAACACCUUUGAUUUCACUGAGAGUCAGUCAGAGAAUGCUGAAUGAAGAAGCCUGUUAGUUGCUGAAUCCUGAACAGCUACAGGGAGAUUGGAUAGGUUGAAAGCAGUCCAUCUACUUUCAGGAAAUUAUCUCCCUCCUGUGAUGUAAGACCUAAUAAAGUUCUGUUGUUGAUUCAGAAA